AGAUAUGAAUCGUUAUAAUAUUUACAUGGAGAAUUUAAAGCGUAGCAAAAAAGUUGCGCUAGGACUAAUAGAUGAAACAAAAGAUAUUAUUGAAGGGAUCACAGUUGAAAGCCCAAUUACAAAUAUUAGGUUAAGAUCACCGAAUGAAGAAGUAGAACUAAGUGCACCUAGUACAAGUAGAGAAGAAAAUAAGAGACCUGCAGAAUAUGUGAAGUAUGGAAAAAUUACUUUUAAUACUACUGCAAUAUUACAUCACUAUCCGCAAAUGCAGAAUAAAAACUGUGCUGAUAAUUGUAAAAGAACCGGUACGGUUAAAUCUGAUUUAAAUCUAAGUGAACGAGAAAAAGCCGAUAAUAAUAACGAAAUACAGUCUGAAAUUAAAGACACUAAAAUAGUUAUAAAUAAAAUAAAAAAUAAUGUUAAUAAUAAUGAAAAUACAGUCAAAACAAAUUGUGUUAAAUCCAACCCUUUAGAAGUUUUAAGAAAACCUGUUAAAUUCACAGAAGAAAAACUUGUAUGAAAUUUAGCCUCGCAUUUUUCAUUUUUAAUGAAAAUGUGGAAAUAUUGGCGGACAUUACCCCUUAGAGUGAAAAGAAACAUAUCGAGUUAUAAAAUGCUGUAAAUAACAUUUAAAAAGACUGGGAAUUACUGGACUAAAUUUUGAACUAAAUACGAUUCGUUUUUAUCUUUGAGCUCUACUUUGUUCAUAAGAUAAGAUUUAAUUUGUUAGAUAGUGACGAAAAAGUUUAAAAUAUAUUAAAAUAGUUUGUACAAAUUAGGUAAAAUAGUCGAAUCCGUCUCAACUAGAAUAAUUUUCUUCCUAUUAAUUGUUACUCGUUAGAUUAACCUGUAAAUAAAGAGAUGUAGAUAAUAAAUGAAAAAAGAAAAGAUGCUGAUA